GCAACAUGCCCGGCGCAAACAUCCGCGUCUUGCUCGUGGUCAGCCUGGCAGGGCUGGCCUCGGCCGACGAGAGCGCGGUCGUCACCACGGCGGGCGGCGCGAACGUAAGCGUCUCGCUCGUCCACGCCACCUCCACGCCUGCGCUGCCCGGCGGCGCGCUCGUCCUCGCCGCGGCCGCGGCGGCUUGCUCUGCGCCUGCACCGUCUGAGCUGCCGCCGGCGAGCGCGGGCGCCUUCGCGCUGGUGAUGCGGCGCGGCGACUCGGCGGCCGGCACUCCGCCCGCGCUGAUGGAGCUGUCCGACCCUUGCUCAGUGGACUGCGCGGAAGGGGAGGUGGUGCUCAACGCGUCGCGCCUCGACGCCCUCUCGCGCCAAGACGUCCUCAACGGCCUGGUCGCCGCUUGCGGCUCGCGCUGUGCCGCCGGUGUCUGCGGGCUCGCGGGCGGAAGCGGCGGCGGAGGCGGCAGCAAGUGGGACGGCUCGGCCACGCAAAUCCUGGCGAUGGGCGUCACCAUGAACUCUUCGAUGGCGAUCGGGUUCCUGCUGGUUGCGAGCGGGAUGCUGCUCUCGCUCUACCUGCUGCUGCAGGCGGGGUUCACCGCCGAGCUGGCGACGCUGCUGGACGUGCUUGGCGCCGCAGUCUGCGCCACGUUUGUGCGGACAGUGCAGCUGCCGUCGCUUGAGGUCGGGGUCCAGUUGCUCGGGCUCAUGUUCCUGUACGACAUCUUCAUGGUCUUUCUCUCGCCGCUCUUCUUCCACAAGUCCGUCAUGAUGUCCGUCGCCACCGCCGGCCAGCCGAGCCACACCGUCCUCGCCGACGGGACGUGCGAGCGGUACGACGGCGAGCGGAUGCCGAUGCUGCUGAUGAUCCCGCGCGGCGACCCGUCGAGAGGAGACUACGCGAUGCUCGGCCUCGGGGACAUCGUCGUGCCCGGCCUCCUCCUCACCUUCGCCGCCCGCUGCGACCUCUCGCUGCGCGGCGCGGCCUCGCCCCUCGGCUACUGGGGCGCCGCGGCGGCCGGCUACCUGUCGACAUGCGCCGCGUCGGCCGGCUACCUCGCCGGCCUUUCGUGCGCGCUCGCCGCCAACAUGUACCACCUCACCAUCAACGGCGUGCAGGGCCAGCCCGCCCUGCUCUACCUCGUUCCGCUCACCAUCGGCCCCGUCUCGCUCCUCGCCUACUUGCGCGGCGAGUUGCCGCGCCUCUGGUCGGGCGAGGCGCUGCUGCCGGCGACGCAGCGCAGCUUGCGCCCCGUCGGCGCUGCGGGCGGCGCCGCGGACGAGGCGCGCUCUCGUCGCAGCGGGUGGCGAGGCUCGGCGCUCGUCUCGCAGCAGCUGUGCGGUUUCGCCGCCGCGCCGGCGCCGCUGGAGGGGUCGUCCCAUUACAAGCCGCUGCCGUGACCUCGAGAGCCGCGAACGCGGGGGUGGCGCGCCGGUCGGGCGCGGGCGGACCGCGGCCGCGGCGCGCGCUCUUUGGGCGCGCGUUCGGUGUGUGAGAGUGUGAGUGGGGGCGGCGGUUGGGGCAAUCGCUUACAUGUCGGGCGAGAGGAGGGGAGGACUGGGGGAGGCUACUUGGCUGAGAGUUAUUCGAGGUUUUGCGUUAUGUGUUUUAGUAUCUGAGAGACUGUCUG